ACGGAUACUUGUCAGUACCAGAUGGUCACUCAAACGGGUUAGUCACAUUUGUCAGUGAAAACCGUCACUCUAGUCAAUCCACAGACGGAUACUUGUCAGUACCAGAUGGUCACUCAAACGGGUUAGUCACAUUUGUCAGUGAAAACCGUCACUCUAGUCAAUCCACAGACGGAUACUUGUCAGUACUAGAUGGUCAAUCAAACGGGUUAGUCACAUUUGUCAGUGAAAACCGUCACUCUCGUCAAUCCACAGACGGAUACUUGUCAGUACCAGAUGGUCAAUCAAACGGGUUAGUCACAUUUGUCAGUGAAAACCGUCACUCUAGUCAAUCCACAGACGGAUACUUGUCAGUACCAGAUAGUCACUCAAACGGGUUAGUCACAUUUGUCAGUAAAAACCGUCACUCUAGUCAAUCCACAGACGGAUACUUGUCAGUACCAGAUAGUCACUCAAACGGGUUAGUCACAUUUGUCAGUGAAAACCGUCACUCUAGUCAAUCCACAGACGGAUACUUGUCAGUACCAGAUGGUCAUUCAAAUGGGUUAGUCACAUUUGUCAGUGAAAACCGUCACUCUGGUCAAUCCACAGACGGAUACUUGUCAGUACCAGAUGGUCACUCAAAUGGGUUAGUCACAUUUGUCAGUGAAAACCGUCACUCUAGUCAAUCCACAGACGGAUACUUGUCAGUACCAGAUGGUCACUCAAACGGGUUAGUCACAUUUGUCAGUGAAAACCGUCACUCUAGUCAAUCCACAGACGGAUACUUGUCUGUACCAGAUGGUCACUCAAACGGGUUAGUCACAUUUGUCAGUGAAAACCGUCACUCUAGUCAAUCCACAGACGGAUACUUGUCAGUACCAGAUGGUCACUCAAAUGGGUUAGUCACAUUUGUCAGUGAAAACCGUCACUCUAGUCAAUCCACAGACGGAUACUUGUCAGUACCAGAUAGUCACUCAAACGUGUUAGUCACAUUUGUCAGUGAAAACCGUCACUCUAGUCAAUCUACAGACGGAUACUUGUCAGUACCAGAUGGUCACUCAAACGGGUUAGUCACAUUUGUCAGUGAAAACCGUCGCUCUAGUCAAUCCACAGACGGAUACUUGUCUGUACCAGAUGGUCACUCAAACGGGUUAGUCACAUUUGUCAGUGAAAACCGUCACUCUAGUCAAUCCACAGACGGAUACUUGUCAGUACCAGAUGGUCAUUCAAAUGGGUUAGUCACAUUUGUCAGUGAAAACCGUCACUCUAGUCAAUCCACAGACGGAUACUUGUCAGUACCAGAUGGUCACUCAAAUGGGUUAGUCAUAUUUGUCAGUGAAAACCGUCACUCUAGUCAAUCCACAGACGGAUACUUGUCAGUACCAGAUGGUCAUUCAAAUGGGUUAGUCACAUUUGUCAGUGAAAACCGUCACUCUGGUCAAUCCACAGACGGAUACUUGUCAGUACCAGAUGGUCACUCAAAUGGGUUAGUCACAUUUGUCAGUGAAAACCGUCACUCUAGUCAAUCCACAGACGGAUACUUGUCAGUACCAGAUGGUCACUCAAACGGGUUAGUCACAUUUGUCAGUGAAAACCGUCACUCUAGUCAAUCCACAGACGGAUACUUGUCUGUACCAGAUGGUCACUCAAACGGGUUAGUCACAUUUGUCAGUGAAAACCGUCACUCUAGUCAAUCCACAGACGGAUACUUGUCAGAACCAGAUGGUCAUUCAAAUGGGUUAGUCACAUUUGUCAGUGAAAACCGUCACUCUGGUCAAUCCACAGACGGAUACUUGUCAGUACCAGAUGGUCACUCAAACGGGUUAGUCACAUUUGUCAGUGAAAACCGUCACUCUAGUCAAUCCACAGACGGAUACUUGUCAGUACCAGAUAGUCACUCAAACGGGUUAGUCACAUUUGUCAGUAAAAACCGUCGCUCUAGUCAAUCCACAGACGGAUACUUGUCAGUACCAGAUAGUCACUCAAACGGGUUAGUCACAUUUGUCAGUGAAAACCGUCACUCUAGUCAAUCCACAGACGGAUACUUGCCAGUACCAGAUAGUCACUCAAACGGGUUAGUCACAUUUGUCAGUGAAAACCGUCACUCUAGUCAAUCCUCAGACGGAUACUUGUCAGUACCAGAUGGUCACUCAAACGGGUUAGUCACAUUUGUCAGUGAAAACCGUCACUCUAGUCAAUCCACAGACGAAUACUUGUCAGUACCAGAUAGUCACUCAAACGGGUUAGUCACAUUUGUCAGUGAAAACCGUCACUCUAGUCAAUCUACAGACGGAUACUUGUCAGUACCAGAUGGUCACUCAAACGGGUUAGUCACAUUUGUCAGUGAAAACCGUCGCUCUAGUCAAUCCACAGACGGAUACUUGUCUGUACCAGAUGGUCACUCAAACGGGUUAGUCACAUUUGUCAGUGAAAACCGUCACUCUAGUCAAUCCACAGACGGAUACUUGUCAGUACCAGAUGGUCAUUCAAAUGGGUUAGUCACAUUUGUCAGUGAAAACCGUCACUCUAGUCAAUCCACAGACGGAUACUUGUCAGUACCAGAUGGUCUCUCAAAUGGGUUAGUCAUAUUUGUCAGUGAAAACCGUCACUCUAGUCAAUCCACAGACGGAUACUUGUCAGUACCAGAUGGUCAUUCAAAUGGGUUAGUCACAUUUGUCAGUGAAAACCGUCACUCUGGUCAAUCCACAGACGGAUACUUGUCAGUACCAGAUGGUCACUCAAAUGGGUUAGUCACAUUUGUCAGUGAAAACCGUCACUCUAGUCAAUCCACAGACGGAUACUUGUCAGUACCAGAUGGUCACUCAAACGGGUUAGUCACAUUUGUCAGUGAAAAUCGUCACUCUAGUCAAUCCACAGACGGAUACUUGUCUGUACCAGAUGGUCACUCAAACGGGUUAGUCACAUUUGUCAGUGAAAACCGUCACUCUAGUCAAUCCACAGACGGAUACUUGUCAGAACCAGAUGGUCAUUCAAAUGGGUUAGUCACAUUUGUCAGUGAAAACCGUCACUCUAGUCAAUCCACAGACGGAUACUUGUCAGUACCAGAUGGUCACUCAAAUGGGUUAGUCAUAUUUGUCAGUGGAAACCGUCACUCUAGUCAAUCCACAGACGGAUACUUGUCGGUACCAGAUGGUCAUUCAAAUGGGUUAGUCACAUUUGUCAGUGAAAACCGUCACUCUGGUCAAUCCACAGACGGAUACUUGUCAGUACCAGAUGGUGACUCAAACGGGUUAGUCACAUUUGUCAGUGAAAACCGUCACUCUAGUCAAUCCACAGACGGAUACUUGUCAGUACCAGAUAGUCACUCAAAUGGGUUAGUCACAUUUGUCAGUGAAAACCGUCACUCUAGUCAAUCCACAGACGGAUACUUGUCAGUACCAGAUAGUCACUCAAACGGGUUAGUCACAUUUGUCAGUGAAAACCGUCACUCUAGUCAAUCCACAGACGGAUACUUGUCAGUACCAGAUGGUCAAUCAAACGGGUUAGUCACAUUUGUCAGUGAAAACCGUCGCUCUAGUCAAUCCACAGACGGAUACUUGUCAGUACCAGAUGGUCACUCAAACGGGUUAGUCACAUUUGACAGUGAAAACCGUCACUCUAGUCAAUCCACAGACGGAUACUUGUCAGAACCAGAUGGUCAUUCAAAUGGGUUAGUCACAUUUGUCAGUGAAAACCGUCACUCUAGUCAUUCCACAGACGGAUACUUGUCAGUACCAGAUGGUCACUCAAAAGGGUUAGUCAUAUUUGUCAGUGAAAACCGUCACUCUAGUCAAUCCACAGACGGAUACUUGUCGGUACCAGAUGGUCACUCAAAUGGGUUAGUCACAUUUGUCAGUGAAAACCGUCACUCUGGUCAAUCCACAGACGGAUACUUGUCAGUACCAGAUGGUGACUCAAACGGGUUAGUCACAUUUGUCAGUGAAAACCGUCACUCUAGUCAAUCCACAGACGGAUACUUGUCAGUACCAGAUGGUCACUCAAACGGGUUAGUCACAUUUGUCAGUGAAAACCGUCACUCUAGUCAAUCCACAGACGGAUACUUGUCAGUACCAGAUGGUCACUCAAACGGGUUAGUCACAUUUGUCAGUGAAAACCGUCACUCUAGUCAAUCCACAGACGGAUACUUGUCAGUACUAGAUGGUCAAUCAAACGGGUUAGUCACAUUUGUCAGUGAAAACCGUCACUCUCGUCAAUCCACAGACGGAUACUUGUCAGUACCAGAUGGUCAAUCAAACGGGUUAGUCACAUUUGUCAGUGAAAACCGUCACUCUAGUCAAUCCACAGACGGAUACUUGUCAGUACCAGAUAGUCACUCAAACGGGUUAGUCACAUUUGUCAGUAAAAACCGUCACUCUAGUCAAUCCACAGACGGAUACUUGUCAGUACCAGAUAGUCACUCAAACGGGUUAGUCACAUUUGUCAGUGAAAACCGUCACUCUAGUCAAUCCACAGACGGAUACUUGUCAGUACCAGAUAGUCACUCAAACGGGUUAGUCACAUUUGUCAGUGAAAACCGUCACUCUAGUCAAUCCACAGACGGAUACUUGUCAGUACCAGAUGGUCACUCAAACGGGUUAGUCACAUUUGUCAGUAAAAACCGUCACUCUAGUCAAUCCACAGACGGAUAUUUGUCAGUACCAGAUAGUCACUCAAACGGGUUAGUCACAUUUGUCAGUGAAAACCGUCACUCUAGUCAAUCUACAGACGGAUACUUGUCAGUACCAGAUGGUCACUCAAAUGGGUUAGUCACAUUUGUCAGUGAAAACCGUCACUCUAGUCAAUCCACAGACGGAUACUUGUCAGUACCAGAUGGUUACUCAAACGGGUUAGUCACAUUUGUCAGUGAAAACCGUCACUCUAGUCAAUCCACAGACGGAUACUUGUCUGUACCAGAUGGUCACUCAAACGGGUUAGUCACAUUUGUCAGUGAAAACCGUCACUCUAGUCAAUCCACAGACGGAUACUUGUCAGUACCAGAUGGUCAUUCAAAUGGGUUAGUCACAUUUGUCAGUGAAAACCGUCACUCUAGUCAAUCCACAGACGGAUACUUGUCAGUACCAGAUGGUCACUCAAAUGGGUUAGUCAUAUUUGUCAGUGAAAACAGUCACUCUAGUCAAUCCACAGACGGAUACUUGUCAGUACCAGAUGGUCAUUCAAAUGGGUUAGUCACAUUUGUCAGUGAAAACCGUCACUCUGGUCAAUCCACAGACGGAUACUUGUCAGUACCAGAUGGUCACUCAAAUGGGUUAGUCACAUUUGUCAGUGAAAACCGUCACUCUAGUCAAUCCACAGACGGAUACUUGUCAGUACCAGAUGGUCACUCAAACGGGUUAGUCACAUUUGUCAGUGAAAACCGUCACUCUAGUCAAUCCACAGACGGAUACUUGUCUGUACCAGAUGGUCACUCAAACGGGUUAGUCACAUUUGUCAGUGAAAACCGUCACUCUAGUCAAUCCACAGACGGAUACUUGUCAGUACCAGAUAUUCACUCAAACGGGUUAGUCACAUUUGUCAGUGAAAACCGUCACUCUAGUCAAUCCACAGACGGAUACUUGUCAGUACCAGAUGGUCAUUCAAAUGGGUUAGUCACAUUUGUCAGUGAAAACCGUCACUCUAGUCAAUCCACAGACGGAUACUUGUCAGUACCAGAUGGUCACUCAAACGGGUUAGUCACAUUUGUCAGUGAAAACCGUCACUCUAGUCAAUCCACAGACGGAUACUUGUCAGUACCAGAUGGUCACUCAAAUGGGUUAGUCACAUUUGUCAGUAAAAACCGUCACUCUAGUCAAUCCACAGACGGAUACUUGUCAGUACCAGAUAGUCACUCAAACGGGUUAGUCACAUUUGUCAGUGAAAACCGUCACUCUAGUCAAUCCACAGACGGAUACUUGUCAGUACCAGAUGGUCAUUCAAAUGACGGAUACUUGUCAGUACCAGAUGGUCACUCAAAUGGGUUAGUCACAUUUGUCAGUGAAAACCGUCACUCUAGUCAAUCCACAGACGGAUACUUGUCAGUACCAGAUGGUCACUCAAACGGGUUAGUCACAUUUGUCAGUGAAAAUCGUCACUCUAGUCAAUCCACAGACGGAUACUUGUCUGUACCAGAUGGUCACUCAAACGGGUUAGUCACAUUUGUCAGUGAAAACCGUCACUCUAGUCAAUCCACAGACGGAUACUUGUCAGAACCAGAUGGUCAUUCAAAUGGGUUAGUCACAUUUGUCAGUGAAAACCGUCACUCUAGUCAAUCCACAGACGGAUACUUGUCAGUACCAGAUGGUCACUCAAAUGGGUUAGUCAUAUUUGUCAGUGAAAACCGUCACUCUAGUCAAUCCACAGACGAAUACUUGUCAGUACCAGAUAGUCACUCAAACGGGUUAGUCACAUUUGUCAGUGAAAACCGUCACUCUAGUCAAUCUACAGACGGAUACUUGUCAGUACCAGAUGGUCACUCAAACGGGUUAGUCACAUUUGUCAGUGAAAACCGUCGCUCUAGUCAAUCCACAGACGGAUACUUGUCUGUACCAGAUGGUCACUCAAACGGGUUAGUCACAUUUGUCAGUGAAAACCGUCACUCUAGUCAAUCCACAGACGGAUACUUGUCAGUACCAGAUGGUCAUUCAAAUGGGUUAGUCACAUUUGUCAGUGAAAACCGUCACUCUAGUCAAUCCACAGACGGAUACUUGUCAGUACCAGAUGGUCUCUCAAAUGGGUUAGUCAUAUUUGUCAGUGAAAACCGUCACUCUAGUCAAUCCACAGACGGAUACUUGUCAGUACCAGAUGGUCAUUCAAAUGGGUUAGUCACAUUUGUCAGUGAAAACCGUCACUCUGGUCAAUCCACAGACGGAUACUUGUCAGUACCAGAUGGUCACUCAAAUGGGUUAGUCACAUUUGUCAGUGAAAACCGUCACUCUAGUCAAUCCACAGACGGAUACUUGUCAGUACCAGAUGGUCACUCAAACGGGUUAGUCACAUUUGUCAGUGAAAAUCGUCACUCUAGUCAAUCCACAGACGGAUACUUGUCUGUACCAGAUGGUCACUCAAACGGGUUAGUCACAUUUGUCAGUGAAAACCGUCACUCUAGUCAAUCCACAGACGGAUACUUGUCAGAACCAGAUGGUCAUUCAAAUGGGUUAGUCACAUUUGUCAGUGAAAACCGUCACUCUAGUCAAUCCACAGACGGAUACUUGUCAGUACCAGAUGGUCACUCAAAUGGGUUAGUCAUAUUUGUCAGUGAAAACCGUCACUCUAGUCAAUCCACAGACGAAUACUUGUCAGUACCAGAUAGUCACUCAAAACGG